AUGGGGAAGAGGUCGCGAGAAGAAGAAGAUGAGGCUGCUGCAAAAGAGCGACCGACAAAGUGCACGCGGUCGUCGACCGAUGACCUCCUCUCCAAGCUGAGCGAUGAGUUAAUCCUCCGAGUCCUCGCCUUUCUACCAGUAUCGCAGCUGGCGGUUUGUCAGAGACUGUCCUCCAAAUAUCACACGCUCGCGGGAGACAGUCAAAUAUGGAAGUCGCACUACUACAACCGCUUCGUCCGCCCUCGUGCUAGUCGAUUACCCGGCCUGAAAGAGCUCGAUGACUCCAGUCACAGUCUUCACUUUGCCUCGAAAGCGUCAAGAUGGCUGGAUGAUGAACAUCUCGUGGAGCGCGGACGGAAGACGAAUUGGAAGAGACAGUACAAGCUUCGCCACAAUUGGACAAAAGGCACAUGUGCGGUGAACGAGAUUCCAGUCGCCGAGGAGGCUGCUGUCCCCCCGUUGCUCGUGCAGAUGCACGAUGGGAUCAUCUAUAUGGCUGAUCAAACGGAUGGCCUACGAGCGUGGACGGCACAAGGCGAGCGCAAACUCAUUGCACAGCGGGCUUUUGAAAAGGACCAUGGACCCCCAACCGCGCUGGCUAUUGAUACUCAGCAACAUCCCGAGCCUACCUCGACCCUACUAGUCGGAUUUCAGGACGGAGCAUUCGCCAUGUACGCGCUGCAGGUCGAUGAGGAGAAGUUUGUUCCUCGGUACGGCCACGAGGCAUCGUCCAAUGGAGUCGUGUCUGCAGUCGCUGUGGCAUACCCAUACGCUGUCACAAUGACGGCAACGCACCUCAUGUCUCUCUAUCGCUUCUCACGACAGGCGGACAAGGCUGAGACAGAGAUGUUGGACCCGCCACGGCUUCUCUACUCGCUAAAAUCGCAUAACGUCUGGCCACCGCUAUCGACGUCUCUACGGAAAUCUGAACGAAACAUUACGAUAUCUAUUGCCUACGCGCUGCCUACAUAUCUCUCAGGUUGGACGGUUGGGAUACAAGAAGUGAAGCUGGACCUCACUGGAAAGCUACUCGACUCACGCCUCGCAUCGGCCAUCGAUCAGCACUAUCGUCCGUUGGCCUUCUCCCUGCCCCCGAUGAUGCAGCAUCUGCCUCUUCCUGUCUCGGGAUCAUUGGCCACGGCGACCAUGAUGGAGAUGAGGCACAUCCAUUCGAAGCCGACGUCCUUGUCAUACACACACCCUUACCUUCUCGUAUCGCACCCCGACAACACGCUGACCCUGUAUUUGGUCACAUCGAACACCGAAUCUCUAUGCAUUAGCGCAGGAAGUCGGCUAUGGGGACACACAUCCUCAGUGUCGGGGGCACACGUCGCAGCGCGAGGGAAAGCGGUAUCGGUCAGCAGACGUGGCGAUGAGCUACGAGUGUGGGAACUGGAAGGCGGGUUUGCAUCUACUGCGGCGAGGAAAAGGCUUGCCUCUGGUGAGCUGAGUGUUCAGAUCCGGGCCGAAAAGCGCGUGAUGCAUGAAGCAGCGCAGGCUGGUCUUGACCUGACGAGCGUCGGUUCUGCAGCGCCGGAUAAAGCGGAUGACGGCACUGAAGAUGGCGCCGCCGAGCUCACGUUAACACGAGGCUGGAUUGGAUUCGAUGACGAGCAAGUCGUGGUGCUGAAGGAGCGGAGUGGAGGCCGACAAGCCCUGGUGGUGUACGACUUCACAUAG